AUGACGAAACAUAAACAUCCCAAAGAAACCUCCAAGUCAAACUUGAAAUUAAUCAGCACUUCUAGUGGUGUUCGAAUAUCUCAAGCAUGUGAUAGAUGUAGAAUCAAGAAAAUCAAAUGUGAUGGACAAUACCCUUGUAGUAAUUGUAAGAAGGUAGAUUUUGAAUGCAAAACAAGUGACAAACUUACUAGGAGAGCUUUCCCCAAGGGAUAUACUGAAAAUUUGGAAUUUAAAUUAAAGGAGUUGGAAAGGGAAAAUCAAGAGUUGAAGGAACAAUUGGAACACAGUGGUGACGCCAGCCAUAAUACUUCCACUAGUGCGCACGCUCAUGAAACAGGAACUGAUGCAAAGAAUGGCGGUGCAGGGGCAACCACUGAUACUACUAGUGGUACCACUGCUGUAAAGUUUCAAACAAAUCAAUCAGUGCAGAUUAAUAACCCUAUUGAACAGAUUUUUAAUAUUGACAACAAAGGCAUAAUUAUCGGUAAUGACAAUCUUAACUUUGAAUCCCAAUUUAACCAUUUAUUAAUUGAUUUAAACUUACCAUUUUUGAAAAUUACAAAUACUCAUAACUAUUUGCUAAAUGACCCAAAUGCAUACCUUUACAAUCCAUCAUACCAAAAAAUGAAUCAAUUAUCAAAUGUAGACAUGGAUCUAAUAUACAACCCUUUAACUGCUCAGAAAAAGUCUCCCGAGCCUAAUCAGGAAGGUCCUCAAGAAAAGCUUCCAACAGAUUCGUAUGAAUUGUUUAUCAAACUUGUUAACAAUUUAAAGAGAUUAUUUGCGUCAAAACGAGAAUUAGACAACCAAAUCGUACAAUUCUUCUUGAAUUAUAACAUUCUUGUCCCUAUCUUCGAUUACAAACAAUUCAUGCAGUCAUAUAAUGCUUUUCAUACUAUGUAUCCAUUCAUUUUCACCUACGAUGACUCAACGAUAAAUGGGUUCAACUUGUCGAAUGUUAACGAUUAUGAAAUCGUUAAUGCGUAUUUCAUGAUCAUUGUACAAAUUUAUGUAAUUAUAAUGAUAACCGAUCCAACUAUAAACUUGAAUUUGUUAUUGAAUCAUAAUAAUCCAAAGUAUAUGUUGCCAAUUAAUGCAAAGGAUAAAAGCCCAUCCAUUUUGACAUCGAUAUAUGACUUAUUACCGUAUUUCAAUCAAUUUCAUAUAAGUGUCAAUCACUUACAGACAUAUUUAUUAUUCUUGCAUUAUUCUUUGUUAACAAAUAACAAGGAAAAAUCAUUGGUUUUAUCCUCCUUAAUCAAUGCCUUUAUUGGUGUCUUGGGUAUCAACUUAAAUUCCAAGAACCUAUUCUUUAAUGAUUUAUCAUUAUCAAAACAACAGCGUCGGAACCGUGUCAAGAUUUUCUGGGUCUUCAAAAUCUUGUUAAAGUGCUUUAAUUUGAAAUUCGGUUUCAAACCAAGUUUGAAUACUACCGUGAUUAAUCCUGUUACUAUAGACAGAUAUUUCCAAUUGACUCCGGAAAAGUUGUCUUUGUUGUUAGAUGGUAAUGAUGAUUUGUUUGACAAUUUACUAAAGCCAAGCAUUGAAUUUUUGAAUCUAAUGAAUAUUGUUAUCCCAUCAUCAUUCUCGCCAAACUAUUACCAAUAUCUCAGAAAGCAAAACAAGAAGAAAAAGGACCACCCUUCGAGUUCUCAUAGGUUAGAUUGGAUAUUAAAUGAAGACGAUGGAGAUGGGAAUGAUGGGAACUUGAAUUAUAAUUUCAAUCAAUUUUUGAUCAUUGACAAAAAUUUAUCAAACUGGAGAAUGUCUUUAAAGGAUAAGAAAAUCAAUCUAUUACCAUUGCAAUCGGAAAUGGGAUUGCCAGACUUAUUGAAUAUUACUGAAAAUAAUCUCUACCACGAUAUGAGACCAGCCUCGUCCAACUCGUCCACCCCGCAGAAUGAUAAAAGAGAUGAAAUUGGUAUUACUGAGAUUGGAAUUUUGAAUUUCUUAAACACUGGGGUGUUAGAUAUCCAUACAUCUUCACAAUUGAUAAAGAUUCAAUUGAAUUUCCAUUAUGCCGUGAUUCGUUCCAUGAAUUAUUUGAAUUUUAUAAUUGAUAAAGAAUUGAAUUUUAAUUUAUAUCAAGAAAUUGAAGCCAUUUCAUCAGAAGUAUUGAAUUAUUUCAUAAUGAUUUUUAUCCAUAUUACAAAACUGGAAGAACAAAGAAAUCCUACAAUGCAUCAUGGAAUGAGUGGCUUAGGAAGUAGACAUGGCUUGGGUCUUCAUCAUGAUAUGGACCAUGACGGAAUUAUUAUUAAUGACUUUUCUAUGAAAAGAAGAAAAAUUAAUCGUCCUAAAACUGUAGGCGAGCCAACUGUUAGAAUUAUCCCUGUAUCUCCAUUUAACUUCAUAUUAAACGGUUUAUCAAUGACAAUUAUCAAUUUGAAGAAGUCAAUCAUAUUGCAGAUGUUAUAUCUUUUGCUAUGUCAAUUGAGAUAUGCAAAGGAAAGUAUGGAGGUAAACAGAGAUUCUAUUUUAUUGUUAUGGAGAUCGGUAGAUUUGUUUAUUAAUGUAUUCAUAAACUAUAAACUUGGAGUUAUUCAAAAUGGGGAUAAAAAGGAAAAUCAAUGGAAAUCGAAACAAGAUAGAUUGUUUGAAAAAUUAAUAAAUGAUGAAUUGAAGGAAGAAAUCUUAAAAUCUCAUGAAUACGAUGACGAAGAUGAUGAUGAUGACGAUGAAAUCGAUUGGGACGAUGAAGAAAUGGAUGAAGAUUUAAAGUAUUUAAAGAUCUUGAAAUUUAUUAAAUACAAAAGUAUGAAAGUCUUGGACCAAAGUACUCCACAGUCGUCUGCUAUACCAUCUGUCCUUCCCCACUCGCUCCCAACCCCAACACAAGUCCAUCAUCAUCAUCACCAUCACCAUAAUGACCAGAAUAAGGUGUUGCCCUCGAUUACCCGGCCACCGUCAAGUACAAGACUUCCACAACUCCCCUUCUAUUCAAAUUCAAACUCCUUCACCUCCCUUUCAAAAAUCCCAUCAAUUACUAAGUUUGACUUUAUGGAUCAUCAUCAUCAGAACCUUACAGAAAACCAUCUAAUAUCAAAAUCUGCAUCAAACGAGGAAUUAGAGAAGAAAGAAAGAGGUAUUAUCAAUGACUUGAUUGGCUUAAGGUCAUCAACUCAAGGAACUCCCCUGCAACAACAACAUCUUGGAUCAUUGCCUAUGAUGUUACCUUGGCCGACUCAUACCACUGGUGGAAGUAGAGGAAAUUCCACUCCUGAGAAACCGUGGGGAACUAAUGGACAAGGAAAUCAUCAUCAUCAGAUUGGAGACCAUUCUCUUUAG